UUUGGAAAUUAUAAAAAAAAAACACGGCUGGUGUAGUUAUCUCACCCUAACUCCUAACCCUAUCACUUCACCUUCUCCUUCAGUUCUGUAUACAAUCAGCUCCUGCAAUCUCCGUUCGCUUCUUCGCUGCGGAUAUCUCUUCUUGGCUACGGAAGACGAAGCGUAUUGUAGAACUAGACUGCUGUAAUCUUCUCUUCUUGGCUACAGAAGACAGGAAUCUUCUGUAAUUGGCCGAAGGAAGACGAAUCAGAGAAGAAGGUUUUUGAGAUCCUCUCUUCUUGGUGACGAAGUAGAGAGGCUUUCAAUAACGAAAUUGGAUAUAUCUUGCGUAAGUAUUGUGACUUAAAAUAUAAUGAUUGGAGGUCCGUGCCAGAAGAUGUUAGGGCACCAUUGCGUCAUAAACUUCAAACACUGUUUGAUGUUGAUGUGAGAGAUGAGAAUAUCAGAAAAGCUAAGACAAAUGCAAGGAGCUUGGCAUGGACACAGGCAGGGGCGGAUCCAGAAAGUUACAAUGGGGUGGGCUGGAGAAAAAAUUGAAAUACAAAUACCUAAUAUUCCUAAUAAUAAGUCAAGUUGUCAACCAUUUAAAUAUCCAUCAAAACAUCAUUUAAGUUGUGUCCUACGCGACUUCAAAGUAUAAUAUUCAUCAAUAAUAGAAUCUACAUCUAUUUAUUGGCAAAAUCUCGUUCAAUGUAGAUCAUCAAUGAAAAUUCAAGAAAAUCAUCUCUCAUUUUGUUACGGAGUGUUGUCUUCAUAUGCUUCAUUGCUGAAAAUGCUCUUUUCAUAGUAGCGGUAGAAACAGGUAGGGUCAAAACAAGACAAAUUAAUCUACAUAAAACUACUAAGUUUUAAUAACUAAAUCAUUUUCUACUAUUCAAUUCUAUCUUUAAUCAUAUAUAUUUAUUAUAAUAAAUUAAACAUUAUUUAUUUAUGUACUGAAAAAUUCAAUUAAUAAUCAAAAUGAUUCCCUAACCCUAAAACUUUAAAAUGCUAAAAAUAAUAAUAUAUUAAUAUUAUACACAAAUAAUACGUUAUAACCGUAUAACACAUUGACACAUUCAUGAAAUUACAAUCUAACACCAAAUCAAUUAAAACAAUAAAUUAAAAAUCUAAAAAAGAAAUUGAAUUUUGAGUUUACCUGGACUUUUGGAGCCUGGAGGGAGGCAUUCAGGCAGACGCGCAGACGCACAGUCGCCGCGCAGAGGCAGAAUGCCGGAAUUGGUGGACAACGUCGGCGGCGCGGCUAGAGACUGGAGUCGUUCACUAGUCACUUCUUCGUCGCAGAUUCAAGCUCCGUCUGCAGUUUGCUCCAGUGCUCCCUCAUCGUUCUUUCUUCUUCUCGCUAGACGCUAUUGUUCUUACGCGAAGCUCCAAUCGCUUAAGGCUUUAGCGCAAGUCAGAACUCAGAAGGUCGAGAAGCUGGGCAAUGGGUUGGGCUGGGAAAUAAUUUUGGGAUGGGCUAGAAUUUAACAUAUACUUGUAUUAACUAAAAAAAAUUAUUUUGGGUUGGGCUGAAGCCCACCCCUGCCCUAACUACCAUCCGCCCAUGGACACAGGCACACAUUAUGCACAAACUUUUAAAAAGUUGGAGGUCCUAGUAAUCUAACAAGUACAAAGAAGGACCCUUAUGAAGGAGUUAGCAAACAAGAUUGGGAAUAUCUGUGUGAAUCUUGGAGCUACCCUUCAUAUCUGAAUAAAGCUCUGAAAAUUGCUGAUCUUGCAAAAAGAGAAAAUGGAAUUCUGGAAAUGGUUAUAAAAGCACAGCAUGUCAUCAUAUCAGUCGUAGAGUUGAGUUGGAUGCUGUUGUUGGAGAUAUCGAGACGUGGCGUCUCCGUCAUUGGCAUUCAGAACGUGGAUGGGUAUCCCCCGAAGCAGAAUCUAAAUAUGAAGAAAUGGUGCAAUUGGGAAGAGAUAACUCACCCGAGGAGCUGACUCAUAAACAAAUAUUAGAGAAGGUGCUUGGACGGGAAUCAGUUCGUUUGUUUGGUUGGGGAAGGUCUUCUUCUGAAAAUAAGAAACGCAAAGAUGAUUCAAAUGUUCCUAUAUAUACUGAACUGUUGAAUCAUGUUGGAGAACUCCAAAGUACGGUUGGAAUGAUGCAAAAAUUGUUAAUUGAAAAGAAUAUCCUUCCUCCCGGGGCAAAUAUUGCAUCUGAUCAUUGUUCCAGAGCUCUCAAUGGUGGCUCUACUUCUAUUGGGAGAGAUCAACAAUUUCAUGGCUAUGAAGACUCCAUUUCCGAAUUUGACGAGUAGAAAUUGCUUUCACAUAUGACCUAAUAGGCUAAUAUGCAUAUUUUAUUUUAGUACUAGUUGAACGAUAAUAUUUUGACGUUACAAGUUUUUAUUGUCACUGUCAGGUUUUCACCUCUCCAGCUCAGACCACGCUCAUACAGCACACACACCAAAGCACCACCGGAAGGGACAAGAACACUCAGACCAGCCCAGCCAUCUCAACGCACGCCAAAGGUCAGAAAAGGGGAGGCACAAAGAGAAUACCACAGAGGGACCGGAAUGGAGAAGAGACGGAAGUCUCUCUCUCUCUCAAUCUCUCUUAACCUCACUCUCUCUCUCUAACCGAAGACCUCUACGUCAACCAAAGGCGUAGAGGAGUUUAAGUACCCGGGCAAUAGGGGAAGCUCUAAAAGAGGGUUCCAGAAGAAGGGCUAGCGGCAGAACAACAUGGGCCAGGGCAGAGGUAAGCAAACAAGCCCAAUACAAGAGGAGAGGGCUGCCUUGGCCCGUGGGGCCAAUACCUCCACACUCUCCACCUUAUUGGCCAUCAUUGGUGGUGCAUGGUAUCACAAAGUAACAUGAGCACGUGGUUCAUCAUCGCUAGGUCACCAGUGAUAUCCUAAAGACAUAACUGGCAAACAAAUUGGAGAUACACAAAAUACUCCCAAAAGGAAAUUGGAGAAGUACCAAAGGUACUCUCCCUAACCGUGAGAGUAGAUUCUCUCAAGCACUACGCUUUCCAGAAUCUACCCUCCAACAUACCCAAAACCUGCAAACAGAGUUAACCGCAGUCCAAAUUCAAAAUUCGUUUACAAGACAAAAGUUUUUCAGCAGAUAGACACUUCGUCCCCAUAUCUGCAGGGUUGAACUCUGAGGGUAUCUUGCACAGCUUCACUUUACCUGCAUCUAAAACAUCACAAAUAAAAUGGAACCUCACAUCAAUGUGUUUGGUCCUGUCAUGAAAAACAGGGUUUUUGCAAACUGGAUAGCAGACUGGCUAUCAGAAAACACAGCAACAUCCUGUUUGAGAAAACCUAUUUCAGCAACAAGACAACUUAACUAGAUGGCUUCCUUGAAAGCUUCUGUAGCUGCAACAUACUCAGCUUCAGUGGUUGAUAAGGCAACAAUUGGUUGUAACUGAGAUUUCCAACUAAUACACGACCC